AUGGGUGAGGAAGCACCAAACGGAGGAGCAGACAACGAUCAUUGCAGGCAUGACAGCAGCACCAGCUGGGUGCUAGAGAUGGAGAAGCUCGUGGGCACCGGAUCGGAGAAGGCGGCGGUGGUGGACGAGGAGCAAUGGAUGGAGCAGUCCAUCUACCGGGUGCCGGAGUGGAUCAAGAGCAUGCACCGCACGGAGGCCUACGAGCCGCGGAUGGUGGCGCUGGGCCCGCUCCACCACGGCGAGCCCAGGCUGCUGCCCAUGGAGGAGCACAAGCGCCGGGCAACGCUGCACCUGGUCCGGCGCAGCGGGAGGCCCCUACGACGGCUGGUCGACGCCGUCGAGCAGGUGGCGGAGGAUCUGCGGGCAGCAUACGGCCGGGACCUAGGCGAGCAAUGGCGUGGAGACGAGAAGAACAAGGCGCGGUUCGUGGAGGUGAUGCUCACCGACGGCUGCUUCUUGCUGGAGCUGAUCCAGAUGUGCGAUGGUCGGUUCGAUUACCUGUCGCAUGAUCCGGUGUUUGGUACUCACGGAAGAGUGUACGUGUGGCCUGUUGUUCAGUCCGACAUGCUCGUGUUAGAGAACCAGCUGCCUCUGCUCCUCCUCAAGAGGCUCUUAGCUGUUCUUCUAGACAUACCUCCGGUUGUCGAGUUAGAUCGGGUUAUCAACCAUAUGGUCCUCCAGUUUCUCGGACGGAAGCUUGAAGAAGAUCUGCUGCAGGAUGUACCACUUGGGCUCCACCCUCUGGACAUCUUCCACACAAGCCUUGUGUAUGCGAAGGGCGCCCACGAGGCCCGCAAGCCACUGCACGAUUGCUACAAGUAUGAAAUCAUGCCUACGGCGAUCAAGAUCCACGAGGCCGGCAUCAAGAUCAGAAGCAGCAAGACAGACAACCUCCUCGACAUCCACUUCGAGCACGGCGUGCUGAGCAUGCCCUCGCUGGUCGUGGAUGACGACACCGAGCGCACCUUCUUCAACCUGAUGGCGUUCGAGCGGCUGCACGUCAGUUCCGGCAACGUCCUGACGAACUACGUGAUCUUCUUGGACAACAUCAUCGAGUCGGCCAUGGAUGUGGAGAUGCUGAGCUCUAAGGGGGUCCUCCGGAACAUGCUGGGCUGCGACAAGGAGACGGCGAAGCUGUUCAAUGGCACCUUAUCCAAGGGAGCCGUGCUAGGCUCAAGCCGCCAACUCCACACGGUGCAAUGGAAAGUGUACAGACACUGCAGGAGGCCAUGGAACAAGUGGCGGGCCAGCCUCAUACGCACCUAUUUCAGGAAUCCCUGGGCAUUCAUCUCUCUCGUUGCUGCUGCCAUCUUGCUUACUGCUACCAUCUUCCAGACCGUCUACACCAUUGUGCCGUUCUACAAAAGCAAGCCAUGA